CCAUACCCAUACCCAUACCCAUUCCCACUGCCACUGCUUUCUCCUCGUCUCCAGAAUGGCUGCUGCGACUACCUGCAAUAGACUAAGGUUGUUCUUCCGUAAACCUAACUCGAGAAUCACUUCUGCCGUGUUAUGUCGGGAAUGGGAUCGCAAGUUCUGCUCAUCGUCUGCAGCGUCUCAAUUUAAAAGAGUUGGAUUUAUCGGAUUGGGAAACAUGGGAUCCCGAAUGGCGAAUAACUUGAUCAAAGCAGGCUGCAGCCUUGUUGUCCACGACGUAAACCGUGAUGCUAUGAAAAAAUUCUCGGACCAAGGAAUCCCGACCGCCGGAUCACCGCUUGAAGUUGCUGAGUCAAGCGACGCUGUAAUAACAAUGCUACCGUCUUCAGUCCAUGUGAUGGAUGUUUACAUGGGAUCCAAAGGUUUGCUCGGUGGUGGGAAGCUGAUCUGGUCGAGGUUGUUCAUAGAUUGCUCUACCGUUGAUCCUCAAACAUCCAGAAAACUUUCUGUGGCUGUUUCUCAUUAUAGGUUGAAGAGCCCGAUAGGUGGCAUCUAUGCUCCUACCAUGUUGGACGCUCCGGUGUCUGGAGGUGUUCUAUCGGCCGAGGCCGGUUCACUCACCUUCAUGGUUGGAGGUUCUGAGGAAGCGUGCCGAACUGCGAAGCCUUUGCUUCUGUCGAUGGGCAAGAAUAUCAUAUACUGUGGUGGUUCGGGGAAUGGUUCGUCGGCGAAGAUUUGUAAUAACUUGGCGAUGGGGGUGAGCAUGCUUGGUGUUUCGGAGGCCUUUGCGCUCGGACAAUCGUUGGGCAUUUCAGCGGCGACGUUGACAACGGUGUUUAACUCUUCGAGCGCUCGAUGUUGGAGCAGUGAUACUUACAACCCGGUGCCUGGUGUAAUGGAUGGGGUGCCGUCUUCUAGAAAUUAUGACGGUGGCUUCGCCACGAAACUGAUGGCUAAAGAUCUGAAGCUUGCAGCCACAUCGGGGGGAGAAGUAAGCGCGAAGAGCCCGAUGACAUCUCUUGCCAAUGAAAUAUAUACGCAACUGUGUGACCAAGGUCACGGGGUGAAGGAUUUUUCGUGCGUGUUUCGACAUUAUUUCUCGGGCAAGGAUGAGAUGUAGUUUCAGAACUCUCCAUGUCCUGUCUUCUUCUUCGAAUCACUAUUAUAAUAAUUUAACUUCAUGUUGGGGCAACCUAUGCAGUAACUUGUUGUACUAAGUAGGCCAGUUUUGCAUGAAUCUUGGGGCACCAUGUGCGUGAUGAAAGCAACACAUCAAAUGGAGGGAAACCUUUAUGAUAAGGCAAACAGGCAGCCAUUACUAUCCAAAGAACAUGUAAUAAAAGUAGCUGUCUUUCUUGGAAAA